UGGUCUCCCCCAAUAGCUUCCAUUUCAGUGGCAGCAUGAGGCAAAAAAAAAUAAAAAAUCCAAUGCUCAAAGUAGCGCAGUCUCUUCUCCUUUUCCCUCCCGGUAGCAAUGGAAAAACCAUCAGCUUUCCUCCACUGGAUGAACCUUUCACUCCCUUCCCUCCGUCUCCUCCCACUCUUCUCCACCCUUCCUGGCUCGCCCACCGUCCUCCCGUCCCCCUCCAUCCCUCCAUCCAGCCUCAGUCCUGCUCUGAUAGGUGUGCUGUUCAGUCCCACACGGAUCUGGCUCCUCUCCCUCAGAAUGUCCUGGACCCGAGCAUUCCUCUUGUCGUCGCUCUCCGUCCUCCUCAUCGUCACCUUUUCUAGUGUGGUGAAAAGCGCCGCGGUUCGGGAUGACGCCAAACCUGCAGAUGCUCAAGGAGCUGCGCGCCAGGUAUUUAUGGCCGAGUCGGACGCCUCAAACUUCUUCAGUCAAAAACGCCGCAGUCGCCGUUCACCCAAGUACUACGCCGAGGUCCAAGCUGAGCAGAGAAUGAAGCGAGCUGCUAGCGAGAGAAGGAGGGAGUAUAACGAGGAACAGAGAGACGAAUACGAGAACUACCUUGAGGAAGACCGUGAUGAAGUAAAUGAGAGGUCAAGAGAGACGAAUGAGCAGCUGCGAGAGUAUCAUUACGACGGCCUCCAUCCUCGAUUCUACUGGUUUCACUGAACACGUGACAUUGCGUGAAGAUUUCCACCUCUUCUUUAUAGCAACAAGGCGCCUGUAUCAACGGCAAAUGGCUGACAUAUGAGAGCAAGCGCUAAAGUCAUUCAUGUAUGUGUAAGACAUUAAGCUACGUUAAGUUUUCCACAAACCUUAUCCUAUUUUCAUGAUUUAGAAAUUGUGCGACAUACAGUAUGUAAAGUGUUUUAAUUGCGCAGUUUUUCUAUGGGAAGCUACCAGUUUUGCAUGCUUUUUAAAAUGGUUUUUAUAUGUGCCUACUAUAGGAACUACACAGUGCAGCUGAUCGCACAGUGUUUUUUGCGCUGACUAUCAUGUAUUUAAGUUGCAAAGGAAUAAAGACCAGCUUCCAUGAGGCCACCUUGCCUCCACAA